GGGCGCCCAAGUAGGGCCCUCGUCUUUGUGGUGGUAGAAAGAGAAGAUGGCUCCCGUUCUGGAGAAACAGCUCCUGGGCGCAGCCGGGGCGAACGACAACAACAACGAAGAGGAGGAAGGACAAAACCUAUGGUCCUCAAUACUAAGUGAGGUCUCAACUCGUUCAAGUUCAAAGUUGCCAUCUGGGAAAAAUAUUCUAAUAUUUGGUGAGGAUGGAUCAGGAAAGACGUCGAUCAUUGCAAAGCUUCAAGGAUCUGAUCAAAAUAAGAGAGGGAGAGGGUUGGAGUAUCUUUACUUGAGUGUCCACGAUGAAGACAGAGAUGACCUUACCCGUUGCAAUGUGUGGAUCCUGGACGGGGACCUGUACCACAAAGGUCUGCUUAAGUUUGCUGUAUCUGCUAAGUCACUAGCUGACAGCAUUGCAGUAUUUGUUGUGGAUAUGUCACGACCCUGGACCAUUAUGGAGUCGCUACAGAAGUGGGCCAGUGUGUUGCGUGACCAUGUGGACAAGCUUAAGAUACCUGCUGAGGAGAUGAGAGAAAUGGAACAGAAAAUGGUGAAGGCGUUCCAAGACUACACAGAGCCAGAGGAGGCCACCCCAUCCUCACCACAGAGACGGGCCACUGCAACGGGAGAGGAUGAAGGUGUUGUGCUACCACUUGGAGACAAUACACUCACACACAACCUGGGCAUUCCAGUGCUAAUAGUUUGCACAAAGUGUGAUGCAGUCAGCGUAUUGGAGAAGGAGCAUGACUAUCGAGAGGAGCACUUUGACUUCAUCCAGUCCCACAUUAGGCGAUUUUGCUUAAAGUACGGAGCUGGCCUCAUCUACACCUCAGUCAAGGAGGAGAAGAAUCUGGAUCUGCUUUACAAAUACAUAGUGCAUAAAAUCUAUGACUUCCAGUUCACCACACCAGCCUUAGUGGUAGAAAAGGAUGCAGUGUUCAUUCCGUCGGGAUGGGAUAAUGAGAAGAAAAUUGGAAUUUUGCACGAAAACUUUACAACAGUCAGACCCGAAGAUACGUUUGAAGAUUUUGUCAUAAAGCCUCCUACACGAAAGCUUGUUCAUGACAAAGAGAUAAACGCAGAAGAUGAGCAGGUUUUCCUGAUGAAGCAACAGUCUUUGUUAGCAAAGCAACCAGCCACACCGACAAGAGGAGCAACGGAGUCGCCUGGACGCACAGCCUCAGCUUCCCCCAGGCCUUCGGGUCGCGCUGGCCAGCCCAACGUCACCGGUGGCUCACCCAUGACUGCUGUUAAAAAGCCUGACCCUAACAUGAAAGGUGCAGCUGCCAACGAGGGAGUGCUAGCUAACUUCUUCAACAGCCUGUUGAGUAAAAAGACCGGAUCCCCUGGGAGCCCAGGGACUGGAACUGGAGCAGCAGGAACCGGAGUGCAAGGAUCCGCCAAGAAAACAGGGCAGAAGCCGGGUUUGACUGAUGUCCAGGCUGAGUUGGACAGGAUGACUCGCAAACCGGACUCUGUGGUUUCAGCUAACAACGUACCGCCACCAACGGAGAACGAGGCGUGAAAGGCAACAAAAACGGCUGCAACAUCCACUGCGUUAAUCUCUGGAAGAAAAAAAAAACAACAACAACGUACAAACAUGUACACAAUGAACGACAAAAAAAAAAAAAAAACGGCUAAAAAACAAAACUAACUACAAACUCCCCAAUGUUUAUGUCAGCACACAGAAAGCGGUUUUGCCUAAAUGAGUUUCAGAUGCUAUCAGAUAUUUUGGGUGGUUUUUAUGUUUUUUUGGUGAGAUGAGCGGAGAGGAAAAGUGAAAGGUGGAGGUAUUUAUGAGAUUUGGGGGCGUCGAGGGCUUGGCUUUGUUUCUGUCCUCUCUUACACUGUAAAAUGUUAUUUUGGGAGGGAUGUCAGUUUAAGGAAAUGUGCGCACACUCCCCGGGAGCCGGCCAAAAGCCCCCGGGCUUCCUGGCCCCCCAAUUUGCCGGGAUAAAACGCCCUCCCUUAUGCGCUUAAGGAGUGGAAACAUACUACUCCUUUGGCUACUCGUUCAGCUAAUGGUUUAGACUUUAAAUAUAUUCACCGAGGAAAAUGAUUAAAAUACUUGCAGGCAUAUGUAAUAUGUAAAAAAAGAAAAAGAAGAAAAAAAAGGUGGACGUGAUACUAACAUAUUUAUAUACAUUUUCCUCCUGUUCAUUUCAUUUUUCCGCACCGUUUACUGGUUUAAAUAAGCGUUUAGCUAUAUAUCACAUAACGUGUUGAAAUGCCACUGACGUCAUGACACUAAUAUGACCUCCAGAUAGCUGAUAGCAUACCGUGUUGUCCGCCACGCGCUGCGUGGUCCCUAGUCAUCUCGAAGGAGUCUGUAAAUAUAUAAUGCAAAAGUUGCUGUUCGAGCUUCGGUUUUGAUUUUUUUUGUACAAAAAUGCAAUUCUCGGAUCGAAAUUAUGAAGAAAACGGCCCCCUCGGGUGAAACGAGGGGGCCGUUCGGGGAUUCGACGUGUGAAGAGUUGAAAGUAGGAGGCGCUUCGUUUUUUUGGCUACAGGUGUUUGUGUGUAUAUUUGGGGAAGGGGCUGGGGGGCAGCAUCUUUCCUACUAUAACUCCCAAGUGCCUCGCACAGUUAGCCGUUCGUGUGGUAGUAGAGGUGCUUUGUCUACACAUGAGGAAAUGCACUGUAGCACCGUCGGUUAAAGAAUUUUGUCCAAGUGUCAUCAUUCUAGUAAUUUAUUUUGUUUUUUUUUUUUUUGUUUUUUUUUUUUGUACGACAAACCUGUGGUCUCUGUGUGAUCUCUCAGAAAGAACAUUUCUGCAGCCGAGCUGACAUUACUCAGUUUUGAGUAUCAGUGCAUAUGCCUUUUUUUUUUGUUCGUAUGGAUUGUCGGGGUGCGAAGCUGCUGAUAUUUAGUAGAAACCACGAGUUUUCGAGCAUUCGGGUCCCUCAGAUGAACACUGACUCACUGUGGUUCGAACCACUCGCUUCGCGGCCAAAACACACGGAAGUCGAUUUUCUACGCUUUGAACGAACGAGCUUCCCCCCCCCCCCCCCUUGUCGUUAAAAUGUCUGACAGCGCUGUCCUUUGUUUUGUUUUUUUCAUUUUCAAAGUGCUUUUAUCCGACCGGCACUUGGCGCGUCAGUUGAAACAUUCCCUAUUUCUACGCGAUGUCGCCGUAGAAACGCAUCCCCGUAGGAAACGCGUCUGUCCAACGAGACCCCUCUGUUUAUGACCCGUUUCAGUGCCCGUGUAAAAUAUUAACUUUUGCCUUCAUUGUACACUUAACAGUCGGUCACUUCUUUUGCACCUUGCCUCCGCACGGGGUGCUGUAUGGUGAUUUGUAAGCCUUUGUGUCCUUAAGGGGGUCGCUUAAGUGUUAACGUCAUUUGUUCUCUGUUCAUUUUCGAUGAUUAUAUCCAUUUUGUUGCUGUACUAUAUCAGAUUAUCUGCUCUUGUAAUUUUUCCUUUUUUUGUUUUUGUUUCGUAGCCUUUUACCGCAGCCUAAUCGAAGAGACAAAAAGAAGUAGAUUAGGAUUCUCGAAUGUACAUGUAACCUCUACAUGUGACGUCCUCCUUAAUCUCACUGACAACGUCGUUUUAGCGACUCUCGCAGAUUUAUCGGCGAACCGGAGUAAAUUAGGACCCGUAACCAAAGACUCAAAAUUUUGUCGGUAUUUUCUUCUUCUGCAGUUUUUGGUAGUCACGCAUAUGAUUAGCACACGGCCCUUUUUCCUCAUGUCCUUGGAGGAACCAUUCCAAACUCCUCCUCUUACCCCCCCCCCCGCCCCCCCGUAUACUUAGGAAAUCUGAAGUUCUGUUGUCGAAAUAAAGAUAGUAGGAAUUCCUUGCUUCAACAUGUCCACUGUUUUGAGUUUUAAAGGAAAGAUAUGGGGAUGUGUCUCGUCAGAUGCGUGUGAACGCAUUCUGCCUGUCAAUGGAAAAAAAAGAUUUUUUUUUUAAUAUGUUUAUUUAUUCCGUAAGGGAAUAACCACAAGACCAUGUUCAAAAUCUACUUGUAAUUUUUUUUUGCAUGAAAUAAUCUGUCGUCAGCACAGAUAACGCUACAACCGCGCUAGACUUGAGUUCAAUCCAGAUGCUUUCCGUGUAUCCCGAUUCUGCGGGAUAUGCACCCGAGACCUUUUCGCGAGAAGUACAAGAAUAGGAUGGCGAGGACGAGUACGGUCACUUGUUGACCUCCGACACAUGUAGUGAUUCCCUGCAGUUACGGUUGGAGACGACAAAACGCGGUUAUUUCUUCCCGCCUUGUCUUUUAGAAAAGUCGGUGGUGGAUGGCUCUUAAGUCGACUCACACGAUGUUGGUCUGGAUUUGCUGCUUGGCAGAUGGAAGGUGCUCCUGGUGGUCAGUUAGCCUUCAGGAUGUGAUGUGUUUCUUUGGAAAUCAUUGUCACCAGAUCUGUUGUGAGGGACAUGUCCUAUGUUAAGUGGGAAAUAUCAUGAUUAUUCAAAAUAAAUGUCCUUUAUUGCCCUCAAAAUCAAAAACAAAUGUCCCUUAUUGCCAUUGUUGCCCCUCUCCACACCCAUGUAAAAUAUCCCUGCUGCCUUUUCACGAUGCGAUCAAUCAUACCUGCUGAACCUUUUUUUGUUUUUUAUAUGAUUUUGCCCCCCGAUGCAUUUUUAAGAAAAUACUGUAUUGUCGAGCUAGCUCUGUAAGCUGACCUGGUUUGUCUCGAUGAUAGUCCUGAUAAAUCAAACAUGAUUACUUCUGAUGAAAACCUGUAUUUCUGCCAAGCAGACUGAAGCGCUUCCACGCUGCUUGGUGUCACAUGUGUACUUGGUCUUUUAAGAUUGGAUGUUGUUCUCUAGACCGAGUAGUCGAACGGUCUGCAUCGGGUUUUUCCUCGUUUCAGCUGCGAGCGACUGCUUCUUCACAUCUUAUUCUGAACUAAAUUGCCUUCAGCUCCAUGGAGAAUAUUCAUCUGUCAAGAGACUCCAAAGCUUCUGCUUCCAGUCCUUUUAUCCCGGGAUAUAAAGACAUUGUAAAACCACAUAGUUGGCUGCGUUUUGUGUCCUGAACAAAUUUGGAAAAGUCAAGAAUUUUUAUGUCUUUAACACAAUUCUGUAGCCUCGAAACAGCCAUGUGGAAUCCAGCUUCUUGUGCCGACAAAGAUAAGGAAAAUGUCUGUCAGCCCUGGCUUCAAUAAAACAAAAUCCAGAA